AUGCCGACAGAAAGCUUGAUUCCACGAUUUUUGCAUCGAAAUGAUGACUCAAAAAUCCAAUUGGUCGUGCCUGCAGACGAUCCGCCAGGAGCACCAAAGGAGACUCUUUUCUCUGUCGAAGCCACGGCCGAGGACUAUUCCGAAGACGAGCUGCGCCUUCUUGGAAUAAAGCCUCUAGAUGCGACAGCGAGAGUUGAUCCUCCAAAGCAAUUGCGAUGGAUGCACCUGUCGAACAACGGGAUGGAAUUCGGGUUAUUUUUGAAACGCGCCUUUGAAGCAUACGGAAUCGACCAGCAGACACAAACGACCAUAUCCAAGUUCUUUGACCGAUUUGCCGCCCUCUGUGAGCAAUUGGCGUUUCGUGGUGGCCGAUUCAGACCAGUCCCUGCCUCCACCAAGAUCAAACUUCCGGGGAGCGAGGAGAACGUCAUGGUGAAUUUCAUCGCCGUCCCAUACUUCCUGUUGCAGGAGGCGCAGAGUCCGCCGAAACGCACGACAUCCCGUACGAAAGUACACUGGGUUCAACCGCUAGUGCAGUCUGCCUAUCACCUGGAUUCCUCCAUGGCCCGAGAGAACCAGCAGGCGGUGCGGCGGUUAUACAGCCAUGUCAAAGAAGUCAUUCAUGUUCCUCAGCUUUGGCUUCUCAAUAUCGGGGAUAAGUUCCUUGCGACCCGGUCCCCAACGCCACUUUACGACAGUCAGGCAUCGUCCAUAAUCACACGCACUGUCGGGCGAGACCCGUUUCCUCCGACGAUACGGGUCACUACGGCCUCAGGCUUUGUCUUUUGUCUCGAGCGAGGAAAGUGCGGCGUGUGGUUUGAAUUCUUAUACAGAGUACAAUCCGUCAUGAGUGCUGUGCGAGAGGCCUGCAUCGACACAAGGAACUGGGUCUACAAGCUUGAAACAGAUGGCAGCCCUGUCGAUGCCCGCUGCUGGCGAUUGCUUUUGCAGCAACAUCCUGAUAGUAAACCGCUGCCCAUCCUCGCUGCUCCUCGAGAGCCUAACUCGGAACCUGCACAAGCGGAUGAGUUUGUGCCUGAGAUGAGGUAUCCCGCAGAAGUAUCUGAGAUCCUCAAAAAGCUGGACGAAAAGGUGCGUGCGCACCAUCAGCGACGAAUGGCCGCUCUGCGGGCCAACGAUGGCUUUAUGCGCCGCGAGUCUACCGACCACCCGUACCAGUAUAUCGACCCAUUUUACUGGCCGCCAGAGUCUGUUCUCAAGGCUGCGGCAGCUCAAUACAAGAGAGAGCAAGAGCAGGGCCAGUCGCAGACGCCAUCUGCUCAGUCUCAAUCUCAGACGAAGGAAGACGAAGGAGCACAGAAAAAGCAGCAGCCCUUCUUCAAAUGGACCGUUGGAAAACCCUUUCGUGACAAGGAGUUAGACGACCCUACUCCCACGCAGAGAAUGAAGUCCUUGGUAGCCCAUACACACCGCGAUAUACUGUUUCUCUCGGGCCAACGUAUAACAAGGUUAUAUAAUGAACUCCGGCUGGAGACAAAGCCCAGUGUGCUGAAGCUAAUUGACGCUCUUCGAACCAAGCACAAAGUGAGCGCUUACAUCUUGGACCCUGUACUAGAUUUCGUUCGCUAUAUCAGCGAAAUCCUGGACGAGUUCAUCGACAGAGGCUACGAGUGCAUCAUCAAGGGAAAGGUGUGGGCAGCCGUCCACGCAAUCGUCGAGACCUUCCAAUAUGGACUCGUCGACACGCUAGUGACGUUCCAAACAGACGUUCUAGCUAUUCCUUUAGAGCCAGCUCUACGCCAAAUUCGGAGUAUACGCGAAGGCCUCGCUGGGGUGGACAAUCCCUCGAUUCCGCGCUCGUUAGUCGAUGCAUUUGUUCAGCUUGUUGUGCUUUUGGUGGAUUUGGCUGCCGAGGCUUCCCGACUCGUCGCCAGUAUUGAGCAACAGUUGAAAACUGAAGCCAUGAACUCUUCACUAUCGCCACAGGAGCCGACGCAGGAUCCUGCAGUUGACCCAAAUAGUCCCCGAAAAGAACCCGACGCUCCAAGCAAGCCAGACAAAACCGAUCCCGAUGAGACAGACUCCGAUGCCGAUUCAGAUAGUGACUCCGAUGAUGAUUCGGAUAACGAUUCCGAUACCGAAGAUCGCAAAGGCAGAGGCGACAUUAAUAUCACUACACUCCCCUACCGCACAGACUUCGCAAUAGAUCAGUUCUUUCGGCAACUCGCAGACGCACAAGACGAAUGCUGCGCGACAUUUCGCUCCGACGACGAACGAGUAAGCGCUCCGGGCCUUGGCACGAUUAUCGCACUUGCUCUCGAGUCAGUUUUACGCGGCCAUUCGAAAUGCAGAGAGAUGCCUGCGCUGGACAUUAGUGAGAUUUACGCGACGUAUACGACUUCUCUGCAACUCGAAGCCCGAAACCGACCAAGCAAGAACCUCCUUCUAGACAUUAAUCUCCUCCGCGAAGAGCUCGAGACGAUCAUGACAAACAUCGACCAGCAGCUCAAACUCAUCACGGAUUUUCGCACCGACACUGCAGGUUUUCGACCAGACGAGGAUGACGAGGACCUAUAUAUGGACGAAACAGAGAAUAUUAACUUCGAUCUGCUCUACUCUCCCGUAUUUGAGGAUGGCGUUUUGAGCGACGCGUCCGCGCGGGCUGUCCUGCAGGAAAUACACGCAGAUCUCCAGGAGCGGAAAGACGUCUUUACGGAGCUGAGCAAGCGAGCUGAUACUUUAGAGCGUCAGAUCGUCCAACGCGUCGACAUAAUCCAAGAAGACCACGGCAAGGCCAUCCUCAUCUUCACCAUCGUGUCAACCAUAUUCCUUCCGCUAUCCUUCGUCUCGAGCUACCUCGGCAUGAACACAGUCGAUAUUAGAGAUAUGGAGAGGGACCAGGGCCUCUUCUGGCAGGCUGCUGUGCCCCUCACAGUUGUGGUCGUUGCCCUUGUCUUGCUUGGUGCGUAUAAUGCGGGGAGGAUUUUGAGUUGGGUUUCGAGGGGGAGGUUGUGA